GCGGGCACAGAUGGAGGCCGGAGCAGGGCGCCACGAGGCGAGCAGAGAAGUGUCGCUUCCCACCUCCGACCCCGAGCCGCGCCGCCGCCUAUAACGACCACUUCACGUGCCCUAUCUUUCUCCGCCUCCUCGCUCACGAGCUCGUCCUCCUCUUCUUCUUCUCCUUCCACGGAAGUCUAGGUUCAUCUCUCCUCUCCUCUCCUCUCCUCGAGCGCCAAGAAACCCAAACCACCGACGUGUAUGGACUCCAGGAAGAAAUCGCCGCCCUCCACCGCCGCCGGGGCCGCGCCGGCGGCGGCGAACGGGUACUUCAGCACCGUCUUCUCCGCGUCGCCCACGGCAAAUACGAAAGACGCGAAGCAGGCGGACCUGUACGCGAUGCUGAACAAGCAGAACUCCAAAGGGCAGAAUGGCGGUGGCUUUGCAGAUGGCAAAUCGCACAGCCCUACUAAAGCUCGUGGUGCAUACAAGGAUGGUAAACAAUCAUAUCCAAACGAGUCAUCGGAGUCGCCAUAUUUUGGCUCUUCUGUGCAUUACGGUGCUCGGGAGUUUUAUGGCAACACUCCACCAAAGCAGGGUGAUGCAUCACCAGGAAAUCAAAAGGAGCAGGAGCAGAAUCCAGAUGGCUCCCUGGCUACCAGAGGUGAUUGGUGGCAAGGUUCACUCUAUUACUAAGUACUUUGCAGAGGGCUCUCCUUUUGUCAAACAAGAAAUAAAAGGAGUGGUCCAAGCCGGUUUGCAAGUCAUAGUGGAACUAUACAUCUGUUCUACCGGUGGAGGCAGUAUUUGGAUGCGUCAUUUCACCUGAGCAGAUGUGGUUGUGUGUGUUACUGUGCAUGUGUGUGUUGUUUUCCUUUUUUUUUCCUCUUGCCCUUUGUUUUGCUGUUUUUACCUGAUGAAGUAUAAUGAAAUGGUAGGGCAGCAACAGGUAGCCCUUUGUUUUGCUGUUUUCACCUGAUGAAAUGUGAUGAGAUGGUAGGGCAGCAACAGGUAGCCUUCAAUAAAAGAAAAGGUUGCUACUUGCAACAUUACUAA